AUUUGCCUUCUGCUCAGAAUCUUCCCCGAAACAGACCCAACGCGCAAAUGAAGAAGACUACGCGCAAAUGAAGAUGACUAAACAGAAAGUGACCCAUGCAGAAAACCCUACCACAUAGCCUUAAUUUUAUUCAUCAGUUAUAUUAUCGCCUUCUCCAUUUCCUACUUCAUCUUCCCCAAACCCUUCUGCACAGGGACCAGAUGACUCGAUCUUUCAAGCCAGCAGAUGAAAUUUGGAUCUUUUCUCCAUCCUCUCUCUCCUCUGAUGAAGUUGCUGAUGCAUUCAAUUCAAUACAGCGGUCUGUAGGUGAAACCUACCACUUCAGAGAUGGAUUCAACAGCAAUCCAUCAAACGGACCCGAAGAUAUAUUCAACUCGUUCCAGAAGUCGGUUGAUUCGACUUUCAAAUGGACUGUCGUGGCUUCAAUCUUUUCUUCUGUAGUGGUCGUUGUUGCCGUGGUUGCUGUAGUGCUGGCGCUUAUAGACUGUUUGAAGAAGACAGGAACCGCGAUUCCAAAGUAUGCUCGAAUAUCAAGUAAAGACGAUGAUGAACCUUUCAAUAAAACUUCCAUGGAAGAUACACAGAAGGUACAAGACGCAGUGUCAUCAGGUUACCCCAUAAUUUCAGACUCACAGCUCAAAACAGGCACCAUGGAGAUAUUCCUUAGUGAAAUGGAACGAGAGAAGCCCACCAGGUUUUCACCUCAGCAGCUUGCUAGAUUCACUUCUGACUUCUCCAUGGUACUGGGAUCUGGAGGUUUUGGAGUCGUCUACAAAGGGGAGUUCCCAAAUGGUCUGCCGGUGGCCGUCAAAGUGAUCAACAGCAAUUCGGAGAAGAAGGUUGCAGAGCAGUUCAUGGCGGAGGUAGCCUCCAUUGGAAGAACGUACCAUAUCAACCUGGUCAGGCUCUAUGGCUUCUGCUUCGACCCCACCAUGCGAGCUCUCGUCUACGAGUAUGUGGAGAAUGGUUCCCUGGACAGGUUCUUGUUCGGUGAGAACAAGGCAACUAAUGAUCAAUGGGGAAAGCUUGAAGAAAUUGCAGUCGGGACAGCGAAAGGAAUCGCAUACCUCCAUGAAGAGUGUCGGCAGAGAAUCAUCCACUACGACAUAAAACCUGCAAAUGUUCUUCUCGAUGCAGUUCUCUCUCCAAAAUUGGCAGAUUUCGGACUAGCAAGGCUCUGUAACAGGGACAGCACCCAGGUCCCCGUGACGGGCUUUCGAGGGACGCCGGGAUACGCCGCACCGGAGCUCUGGAAGCCGUAUCCGGUCACCUUCAAGUGUGAUGUGUACAGCUUUGGUAUGCUUCUAUUCGAAAUGGUCGGACGGAGAAGAAACCAUGACGCUAGUCUGAGCGAGACCCGACAAUGGCUUCCAAGAUGGACGUGGGAAAUGUUUGAGAAGAAUGAAUUACCAGAGAUGCUGUCCCUUUGUGGGAUCAAAGAAACUAACAUAGAGAAAGCAGGGAGAAUGUGCAUGGUGGCUCUUUGGUGUGUUCAGUAUUUACCUGAAGCAAGGCCUACAAUGGGGAAGGUGGUGAAGAUGCUGGAGGGGGAGACUGAGAUUCCCCCACCUCCAUAUCCAUUUCAACGUUCUAUGCCAAAUUUGGUGUCAUCAAGAGGAAGUAGUGAAGACACAGAUCCUUCAGAAUCCACUAGGGAAACAUCAGAGCCAUCUUAUGCUACUCCUGGGGAAGGAGUAUUGGAGAUAGAGAUACUCAGCUAGUUCAUCAUCAAAACAUUGUAUUCUUAUUUUUUCCUAAUCCUUAGUGAAAAGAUUGUUGUUCAUGUCUAGAGUUACAAUAUUUUUCUCUUAUUCAAUGGAAAUACAAUCUUUAAUUUCUUUGCUUUA